CCUCUCCAGGUUCCUGUGUUUAUUUCUCGACGGGACCCGUUGAAAGGCACUACAAUAACUGCGGUUCACCUCGACUCUCAUAUGCGGUCUCCAAAACCAAGACGACGCUGCAUUUGUGCUACUAAGUGCCAUGGCUAGAAAUACGGACACCCCCUCGUCUUACUAUGGUGAGCCACGCAAGUUUGACCCAGACUUCAGAGGGCCUGUACCCAACAGGAGCUGCACUGAUGUGGUUUGCUGCGUUAUCUUCAUCGUUGUCAUCCUCGGCUACAUCGCUCUCGGUACCAUGGCCUGGAUCCAUGGCGACCCCAGGAAGGUCGUCUAUCCAACCGACAGCCAUGGUCAGUUCUGUGGCCACCAGAACACCUCCAAUGCAAACAAAACCAAAUUAUUCUACUUCAACAUGUUGAAAUGUGCCAAUCCUGCAGUUUUGAUUAACCUCCAGUGCCCUACAACCCAGCUCUGUGUCUCCAAGUGCCCUGACAGAUUUGCAACUCUCCUGGAUGCGUGGAAUACCAACAAAUGGGAGUAUUACAAGCAAUUCUGCAAGCCGGGCUUCCAGAUUAGCAGUAAGUCAGUUGCAGAAGUCAUACGAGAUGAAGACUGCCCAUCUAUGAUCGUGCCAAGCAGACCUUUUCUUCAACGGUGCUUCCCUGAUUUCCUUACAAGAAAUGGAACUUUAACUGUAGCCAAUCAGAACAUCUUCAAAGACGGUGACAAUAACAACAGAAGUGUCAACGACCUCAAAGAUGCUGCCAAGGCUGCCAGCUCUGCACCCAGAGAGCUCUGGACAGAUAUUACAGGAGGGAUCGCCAAUCUGCUCAAUGCCAAUGAAGUUGGCAUGAAGGUCUUUGAAGAUUAUGCAAAUUCCUGGGACUGGAUCCUCGUUGGUCUGGUGAUAACCAUGGUAGUCAGUCUGGUCUUCAUCCUGCUGCUGCGUUACACAGCUGGCGUGCUCCUGUGGCUCAUUAUCUUUGGUGUCAUCACUGCGGUCGGCUUUGGUAUCUGGCACUGCUACUGGGAGUACAGCACUCUGACCGGGAAGCCAGGUGCUGAUGUCGCCAUCUCUGAUAUCGGCUUCCACACAGACUUCAGCAUUUACCUUCAGCUGAGCCAAACUUGGCUCAUCUUCAUGAUCUCACUUUCUGUGAUUGAGGCCAUCAUUGUGGUCAUACUGAUAUUUCUGAGGUCGAGGCUGCGCAUCGCUAUUGCAUUGCUGAAGGAGGGAAGCAAGGCCAUCAGCUACAUCAUGUCCACUCUCUUCUACCCCAUCAUCACCUUUUUCCUUCUGGCCAUCUGCAUCGCUUACUGGGCCGUCACAGCCGUCUUCUUAGCAUCAUCUGGCCAUGCAGUCUACAAGGUCACCUCUGCUGACGAUAAAUGCACGUAUGGCAACCUCACAUGCAGUCCAAAGACCUUCAGCCAGACCAAUAUUACCAAAGUGUGCCCCGGGUCACAAUGCUUGUUUGCCUUCUACGGUGGGGAAAGCGUGUACCACCGCUACAUCUUUGUCCUCCAUCUGUGUAACCUGUUCAUGUUCCUCUGGCUGGCCAACUUUACCAUCGCGCUGGGCCAGUGCACCCUGGCCGGGGCCUUCGCAUCAUACUACUGGGCCCUGAAGAAGCCAAACGACAUCCCUGCCUGCCCCCUCUACUCCUCUUUUUGCCAAGCCAUACGUUACCACACAGGUUCUCUUGCCUUCGGUUCUCUGAUCCUCGCUGCGGUGCAGAUGAUCCGGAUUGUUCUCGAGUACAUGUUUCACAAACUGAAAGGUUCUCAAAAUUCAUGGGCUCGAUUUGUGCUUUGCUGCUUCAAAUGCUGCUUCUGGUGCCUGGAACGUUUCAUCAAGUUUAUAAACAGAAACGCAUACAUUAUGAUAGCAAUAUAUGGAAAGAACUUCUGCACCUCUUCCAAGGACGCUUUCUUCCUUUUGAUGAGGAACAUUGUUCGGGUGGCCGUGCUGGACAAGGUGACAGACUUUCUGCUCUUCUUGGGAAAACUGCUCAUUUCAGGAAGUGUUGGUGUUCUUGCAUUUUUCUUCUUCACGCGUAAAAUACCAGUCAUUCAAGAGGAGGUGCCGUCCCUAAAUUACUACUGGGUCCCCCUUCUGACGGUGAUAUUUGGAUCCUACAUGAUUGCACACGGCUUUUUUAGCGUCUAUGCCAUGUGUGUGGACACGUUGUUCCUGUGCUUUUUGUGGGAUCUGGAGGUGAACGACGGCUCUGAAACCCGACCUUACUACAUGAACAAAAGCUUGAAGUGCAUUCUCAACAAGUAAAACGUCAAGACGAAGGGCACCAAAUAGAAAAAAAGACGAAAGGUGGGGGAAGGAGAAAGACUCGAGGUCAUUUGCCAAAGCAUGGUACAGGUUUAUGUGGCAAUACGCAUUUUGCCAAAUGUAAUUUACUGUAAGUGUACACAAGUUGCAACUGUACACUAAAAUGGACAAAACUGUAGCAACUCUAAAAUUAGAUUCACCCACAUGCUAAUUAUCGACUUGAUGGUUUGUUGGUGUUUACUCCAGAAGUCAGUUUCAGUUUACAACGUCACACCAAGUUUUUGUAAAUAUGUAUUUUUUAAAUGUCAUAGUUAUAACUGAUAUAUAUCAGUAUGCUUUUUACAGCCACAGUCUAACUCCACAGUAAGUUCCUAUUUAUUUCUUUAUUUAGAUUGUGGUUCACGGCAGCAGUUUUUGCUCUUAAUCUCUUGUAGUGGCCAGUUCCCACCACGUGAUGGCGCCAGUCAUUCACACGUUACGAUGUGUACUGUUGUUGAGGUGUGAACGCGCUGCUGAUUGAACUAGUUUUUCCAUGAAAUGGUCAAACGUCAGCUCACCUGUGUAUUGUGUUAUCACAGAUUUUUUACCUCAAAUUGUCUCAUAUUGAGAAACAGUGUCCUCUGUUGUCAUAUUGAACUGUCAAGGACAUAAUGUCACAGCAGUUCAAAGUACUUCGUUCUUUAAGUGCCUUUUUCUUAAAAUUGCCACAUUUAGUGUCUAAUUGCAUCCUGCAGCUACAUAAAUAACAUUUUAGGAUGCUUUUCUGACAUUUUUUAAAUAACUUUUUUCCCCACCAGUGAUGGAAGUGCUUGUCUUUUCCAGAUGUUAGAGAUGGGAAUGAAGUGAAGUAGAAGGAUUGUUCUGUUUGGUGGUUUGGAAGCAUUUCACUUCACCAUAAAGUCACAGGUUUAUUAUCGGCUGCGUCCCGUGUCCAACCAGGCGAGAACGCAGAGCCUUGACUUGUUACACAUGAGUUUACAAUGUGUAAUCUCAUAAAAUGUAUAUUAGUAGUACUACAGGCUCACCCCUUUUUAAAGGUGGCUCUAAAAAAGCAGCUUCGUUUACAGAGAACAGUGGCUGUGGUCAAUUACAUUGCACUCCAAAACUGCAACAUUUCUACAGAUUAAAUAUACACCUGCAGUAUAAUUAAUAAAUACUUCUCUGCUGUCCGCUUGUGUGCUUUGUAUGUUUAACCAAAAUAUGACUAAAUAUGCUGAACACACAGAUGGAGAGCAGAGAAGUGUGUCUAAGCUGCUGGAAAGCUUUUAGGGGUUAACCUUCCAUAUGUUCUACGAUCAAAAUAGAGCAGGGUAGCGUGUCACCUUAAUUCUGAUGAUUAUUGAACAAAGCAUAAUACUGUUAUGAACUUUAUUUGAAACCGUGUUCAAUCUUUGUGUCCGUAUGGUUGGUGGGGCUCGUCCCUCAUAGUAUUACUAAGUUAUACUAAGGUAUAAGUCAAACAACUUAUUUUGUUAAUCAAUUUAAAAAAGAAUAACAAACUUACCUUUCAUUGUACAUUUGUUGCUUUUGGAAGUUUGGAAGCACUGGAAUCAGACAAAGCUUGCUGUUGUGAAACAGCUGUCAAACUCAGUUGUGCAUGACUGUUUGUAUUACUGGUGAGCCAGUAAUGUGGAAGAUGCAGUCCGUUGGGAAUUUUGGAUUAGUUGAAUCAGAAUCUCCGUCAUGCUUGAUGAACUUCUCUGCAAAACGAGUUUUCUCUGCAGGUUUGGGUUUCACCAGGUUGUUGGUAAAGUUCCUAAAUGGAUUCAAGCAUCACUUGAAAUGAUGCUCACCUUUUAGAUCUUUGAGAUGUUGACUCAUGUUUGUGAGUCUUUGAAUCGUGUGUGUGUGUGUGUGUGUGUGUGUGUGUGUCCAACGUGAGAACCUGCCCUCAUGGUUCCUCAGAAAGACAGCACCGCCAGGCUCACACACCUUCUGCCGCAGUUUGAGCUGAACACGCUGGGACACGAACAACGUAACCAUUCAGUUAAAGCAAAACAACUCUGCUUGGGAAUCUGAAAGGGGAGAAAUGAUGCAUGUAGUGUUGAGUGUGGGAUAUUACGUGUGCAGUUAUCUAUUCUUUAUACUGAAUAACUGCUAUACUCCCAGUUGAAUUGUAUAUCGUUAUGUUCACGCAACUCAGGUGUAGUUUCAUUCCCAUGAGGGUGAAUACCGAAAGAUCUGAUAAGUGAAGUAUAAAGAGUGUUUUUAUAUGCCUCCCCCCAUCCCUCGCAUGUCUGGAAAUUAGAUUCUUUUGGUCAACCACAGUCAACAAGUAGACACAGGUAAAAUGCUCUCUUCAUUAUGUGCGUCACUUUUCUCACCGCAAACUCUUAAAAGUCAAACUGAAGAUGCAGUGCUCAAACCUGUCAAAGCUCCAAACGGUUUUAUUUAUUGUGCAGAAAGCUCACAGUACGGAAUCCUCUGUCUUCUAUUUAUUUAUACAGUAAAUGUUGCAUGUGUUUUUUAACCGAAUAUAUUGUAUUCAAAUAUAGAUGUUUCUGUUUUAUAUCAAUAAAUAGUUUUUCUACUA